AUGAUCAUAGGGAUCGGCGACCACCGCAGGCAGUUGAUGUUCUUCUGCGGCCACCACCACGAGUGCCUACCCUUCGACACGAGGGGUGCCCUCGAAAGCGCCAAGAUGGCCGUCGAGCGGCAUUACGCCGUUGCCGGGGUACUGGAGGAUAUGAACACGACGUUGACAGUGCUCGAGAACCAUCAAUUCCUCACAAGAACUGUCCAUACUUCGAACCAUAUUCUGCAAAAUCUUGAUUUGCCCUACCACAAAAAUCAUGAACAAAACCGUUAUAACCCUGAUGAAAGUCAAGCUGAAAAUGAUGGCAGUGAACAGCGUCAGAUCGGCCGUUCUGGCAAUCCAGUAGUGCUGAUUGUACAAGUCAAAAGGGUACCAAACUUGGAAACUCAACCCUGCAGACACAGGGCAAAUCAAGUCCGGCUCUGCCUUGUAGGAACCUCUAACUACCAAGGUGUACCAUGUCCCAGCAGCCAGUAUAGUCAUGAAAAAAAUCGUGAACCCAGCGAAUCUGUUGAUUCUUGA